UCCAUAGCACACUUCCUGCACACGUUGAACGGGAGCAACAAGACAGUGCAGUAAACGACCUGCCGUCCUCCUCAUUUGCGCAUCAAGCACCCCGCUUGGACGUGAUUUGACAGGAAAAAGUUUGCAUCGCUUCACAAAGGCUCUGCAACACAGCCCUCUGCUUCAGUGUCAGCUUCCGGGCUUCCCCUCGUUUGUGCUGCGUUGCUUUGGGCCAGGCCAGCUGUGCUAGGCGACACAGUUUAUCUGGUCUGGCCCACUAGAUUUUUUUUAUCUAGGCUCGACCCGGUGCAUCUCGAAUUUCAUCUCUUCGUUUAGCACCAUGGCUGCGGCUGAGGCGCCCCCAGCGACGCCACAGCUCUCAGCAGCAGAUGUGGAGGCGGAAAUGGCAGCCCACGUCUCUGGCAUCAAGCCCCAGCUGCAGAACGUCGUGGCCACUGUGAACCUAGGCACCAAGCUGGACCUCAAGGAGAUUGCCAUGCACGCGCGUAACGCAGAAUACAACCCAAAGCGCUUUGCCGCCGUCAUCAUGCGCAUUCGAGAGCCGAAAACAACGGCGCUCAUCUUCGCCUCUGGCAAGAUGGUGUGCACGGGCGCCAAGAGCGAGGAUGACUCCCGCACGGCCGCGCGUCGUUACGCCAAGAUUGUACAGAAGCUGGGCUUCCCUGCCACGUUCAAGGAGUUUAAGAUCCAAAACAUCGUGGGCUCCUGUGACGUCAAGUUCCCCAUCCGCUUGGAGGGCCUGGCGUACGCGCACAGUCUCUUCGCCAGCUACGAGCCCGAGCUGUUUCCGGGCCUCAUCUACCGCAUGAAGCAGCCCAAGAUUGUGCUGCUGAUCUUCGUGUCGGGCAAGGUGGUGCUGACAGGCGCCAAGACGCGGGGCGAGAUCUACCAGGCCUACAUGAACAUCUACCCCACGCUCAUCCAGUACAAGAAGGGCGACGCGGUGGUGCCCACGCUGCCCAACAACCUGAUGGGCCCGCCGCGCGCACUGCCGGCGGCGAAGCAGGGUGGCCAGGCGGACGUCGGGGAGCCGCAGCAGGCGCAGGAGCAGGAUGGCGCGGGGCCGUCUGGGUCAGGGGCGCAGGCGCAAGCGCAGGCGCAGCAGCAGUACCAGCAGCAGGCAGCGGCUGGCAUGAUGCCGCCGCCGCCAGUGGCGGCGACGCCAGCGCCGGACCCGAACCUGCCGCCGCCGACACCCAUGCACCACCACCUGCCGCCGCCCACGCCUCGGCACCCGGGGCUGGCGGCUACACCCAGCCUGAGCCACCACCUGCCGCCGCCCUCACCGCGGCGGUGAGGCGAUGCAAGGCUGGGGCACAGCGACGGGCGGAGCUGGAUGCACGGCGCAUGGCGGGCGGCAGCCGGGGGGGGGGGCGGACAGUGCUUGGUUGCUAGCGCAUAUCACCAUGUGGCUAGCGUAUAUCACUCUUCUAUGCAUUUCGGGCAUGGUCUUGGUGGGAAGCGGCAGGCGGCGCGUUGGCGUGACGGCAGUUAGACGUCACGCUUAAGAUUGACAGGAGUGUGUACGCUGUAGGUAGGGCUUUAGGCAGUAGCCACAGCAGGUUGGCAUGUAUUCCUAGCAGUACCGGAUGUAGCAAGGCAGGCCAGGUCCAAGUACUGUAUAGCUAUGGGACGAGUCGUCCAGCGUCGGUGGCUGGAUAGUACGUCUGGAGUCGAGGGAUAAACACAAGGAAGAAGGCGAAGCGAAAGCAGUGCAGACCUAGUUCUUUGGUUGUGCUUUUGUUGUUGGUCAACCGUUUGCACGGUGCAUACUCCGAACUCCGUUGGAUGACCUGCUGCCGGUGUUUGCUUGCACGCACGCCUGUCCUGGCACGCGGCGCAAAGGGCAACCUAUGCCGGAGCCACAAAUGGUGGCAUUGAAAGAGCAAGGGCCAAGGGCGUGAGCCCAAAGCCUCAAGACCA